GACUUGGUAACAAUCUAGCACACUGUGACGCAGGGUAAUUUUACAGGUAUAUAGGUCGCUGCAUUUUUUCGAUUCAACAUGCACGGUACGAAAAACACCCCGGCUAUUGUGGUUCAUUUGUUCCUACUGGUCCACCUAUCUCAGAUUGUUUUAAUAUCCGGUAUUUUGUUUGAGUACCAGCGAAGAUGUCCUGAUAAUCAACAGGACUGGGAGGCGCGGUCGAACAGUUAUAUAUGUGGUGGCGAUACAGUCUAUCAUUGUAUGCAGGACCAGGAAGGGCGUUACGUCACAUUCUGUGAAUCGAAUAUUUGGAUUCAACCAGAUUACUGCCCGGAGUUCAAUUCCAAGGUGUCGGCGAUUGACGUGAUCCUGUGUCCAGGAGCCUUAGCUGGAUGUCCGGAGGCAGUGUACUUGUCCAAUGCUAAUUAUAAAUAUCCAAGUUGCUUUAGAACAGUUACCAGACCUACUACAAAAACGACAACUACUGAAGCAAUCAACACCACGUCAUCCAUAUCAUGGUCCAAACCACCUGCUGAAGAGGAGCAGAACGUAAAGCCCUGGCUGCCCACCUUAUCGAUAGCUCUUGGAAUCAUCCUUCCUGUAUUUGUUAUCACGUUCCUUGUUCUUUUGUUUAGAGCACGUAGAAAUUCGAUGAAGAGUAAACCCAUUAACAGAUACACUGAAGAAACAGAAGAAGGUACUUGGUUUCUCAUGGACGUCGGGAAUACCACCACAGCCGAAACCAAUGCAGACAUGGAGGGUAACACUGUAAUUCAUCCAGAGAAUGUCUCAGAAGAUAAUCUUAAGAAAGAUGUGAAAAGCAAUGAGAAAUUCAUAGAACCUAAAACAUACAGUGAAGCAGUUGAAAAAGUAAAGACAGAAGGAUAUGUAAUUCUUUAUGGUGCAACCGGAUGUGGGAAAUCCACAGUAGCAACCCAUUUGGUGAGGAAUGAGUUUCCGGAUUAUAAAGUCGUGCAUCUGAGAGGAAAACAAAAAAACGCUCCGAGAUUCUCAAGUGACGGUGGGCUAGUUUUCUGGGAUGAUUGUUUCGGAAUCUGGAAAAUUAAAGACGAUGAAAAUAAAGAUGACACUUCAAAAUAUAUGAAGACAUUAAUUGAUAAAUGCAAAAGAGACCCACAAAAAUAUAAAGCAGUGUUAUGUUUUGAUUCGUUCUUCAAAUAUGAACAAAACAAUCCCUGUGAUAAUAUUACAGAUGGCAUGACUCUUGAUAAAAACUAUGAUUCACAAACAAAAAAAGAAAAUUUUAGAGAUGAAAUGAAACCUACCAAAUAUUUUACAAUACCGAAUGUGUGUAAUGAAGUUGGCUUCCCGCUUUUGAUCAAUUUGAUUCUGAGAGAUCCAUUCCUACAGGAAAAUACUAAUGCCUUCUUUAAAGAUCCAACGUCAGUUCUACAAGACAGAUUUCUCCAACUUCUCAAAGACCACGUUGAUGUAUACGUAACUCUCAUUUAUGCUGUAUGCAAUAGUCCUGUGGAUCUGAAAGAUGUGAGUAAAGAAAAGUGGGACAUUUUAAAGAAGGAAUGUGAAGAUCCGAAGAGCCGUGAGUCUGGAAAAGAAAAAGAAGACAGAAAAGGCUACUAUACUUCUGAUGCAAAGGAAAACACUGAAAACAAAACUAAUUCGAAGACAUCAGACGAGGCAACUAUACCGACACCCACGACAAGUGAACAUUCAGAAAUGUCGAAAGAGCCGGAGAAUAGUGCGUUACACGGGGAAACAAUGGACAGCGGUUACAAUAAAACCAAUAAUGUUAAUGUAGGGACUGAUGUUUGCGAUAGAAAUGGAGAAAGUGCUGGCGGAAAUUAUGUCGAUGAUAAUGCUGAAAAGAACCGGAAUGAAGUGGAGGACGAUGCUAGGAGUCGUACUAGUGAUAAAUUGAAUGCCAGGGGUACUGACGGAAAUUCAGGAGAUGAAAUGAAUCGAAGUGAAGUGGCUCGUUCAUGUAAUAAACUGAACGUUAAGAAUUCUGGGAUUUUUAAAAAUCGCAAUGUUAUUGAAAUGAAUGAAACUCUGGCGAAAUACCUAGUAGAAAGCGAGAUGGAUGAUAAACGAUUCGAAUUUCGUCAUCAGUUUCUGGCGGAGACCCUACUUCGUUUCCAUAUCAAAAAUGUUGGGAAGAAAGGGGUGUCAAAAGUAGCCAAAAAAGAGGUUGCAUUUGUUUUAGAGAAAUUAUCAAAAUGUAACUACGACCGGUAACUUCGGAAUACAUACAUGCGAUAUUUGUUAGAAAUCAUCUUCAUCGCUAAUUCAAAAUGCAAUAAUAUAAAUUUAUUGUGAAUGGAUUUAUAUACUCAUAUUAUUCAUAAAGCAUUAUCAAACCAGAUAAAUAUUUACAUACAUCUACCUGCUGUAUAACGGAUACAUUAUGUAGCCAUGUCUACUAUUAAACAUUGUUUUGAAUGAGACAAUGCUGAUUCCAGUAAUCGUGUAUUUGCGCAUGUAAAAACUGACUUUUCCUCAUUUGCACAGUCACGUGCAACAGUGUUGGGUCGUAUCAAUAAAGGUCGUGACAUCAAGCUCCGGUGAAAUCGGAACAUCGUACGCCCUUCUCUGUGAAGUCGAGAAGUUCGUUACUUGACCGAAAAAGGACGAGCAAUGUUCGGACUGGCUCCAGUGAAAAUGUACAAUUGUGCAUGCUCAAGCUGACUUUUACCCAUAGCAUCCGGUUUAAACUCGUUUACGCAAUUAAAAGCUGGUACUGAUAA